AUGGCCGCGAACUUCACGUGCUUCUUCGACGUAAGCGUCGGCGGCGAACACGCGGGCCGCGUCGAGAUGGGCCUCUUCGGCGACGACGUGCCCGAGACGGCGGCGAACUUCGCGGCCCUCUGCCGCGGCGUCGAGAUCGACGGGACGACGUACAGCUACGCGGGCGAGCACAACGCGUUCCACCGCGUCAUCCCGGGCUUCAUGGCCCAGGGCGGCGACGUCACGGCCGGCGACGGCACGGGCGGCACGUCCAUCUUCGGCGGCGCCCCCUUCGCCGACGAGGCCUUCCCCUUCCGCCACAAGGGCGGCGACGGCGGCCUCCUCUCCAUGGCCAACUCGGGGCCCGACUCGAACAAGUCGCAGUUCUUCAUCACCUUCGCCGACUGCACCUGGCUCGACGGCAAGCACGUCGUCUUCGGCCGCGUGACGGCGGGCAUGGACGUCGUCCGCAAACUCGAGGCCGCCGGCUCGCCCGGGGGCGACACGGCCGAGGACUGCCGCAUCACGGCCUGCGGCGUGUUGUGA